UGGUGGAAACAGAAAAAAACAAAUAGUUUCAACCGAGGCAAAGACAAGUUGGUUUAUUUUUCUCGGGAUAGAAUAUCUAGAGAAAUCAGGCCAGAUCAGAAAGUGUAAAUUGCAACUAAAACGUUGACCAUAACUAGCGCUUCACAUCAUCACCCAAUCCCAAUCCCAUUCACACCUCUAGAAUCUCUCAUAACAACCAAUGGUUGAGCUUGUGAUAUCUGCCUUCCUUGGUGUCCUCUUUGAGAAACUGGCUUCUGCAACUGUCAGAAACAUUGCUCGCUACAAGGGAGUUGAUUCUGAGAUCAAGAAAUGGCAGAGAUGGUUGAAGCAAAUCCAAUGUGUGCUUUCUGAUGCUUCUCACAAGGAGAUAACCAACGAUUCUGUGAAAGAAUGGCUGAAAGAUCUCCAGCAUCUGGCUUAUGACAUAAAUGACAUCCUUGAUGCUUUGGCAACCGAAGCUAUGCACCGUGAGUUCACCCAAGACUCAGAAGCCUUCACCAGCAAGGAUGGUGAUGGAUACUAAAGGAGACUUGAACCAACACCCCAUGCACAAAAACAGAGCCUCCCGACAUUUUUUCUUCGUUACAGCAAGUUCAGCACGGGCCGUGCUCAGCCAACACGCCCCGUGCUCA